AUGGAUGUGCGACAACUCUUCAGAGAUCUUCAGAAAGAAGCAGAGUGUCCGCUGUGUUUAGAGACAGUCAACAAUCCUAAGACUUUGCCAUGUCUUCACUCAUUUUGCCUCGAGUGUCUCGACAAACACGCAAACUUCGCAAGAAGACAGCUACAAGCGACAAUCAAAUGUCCCGUUUGUCAGACAUCUUUUCAAAUCCCCGAAGGAGACUCAUUCAAAAACUUGCCCACAUCUUAUCAUCUCAAUCGAUUGGUGGAUGUUCUCGCUCUAAAAGAUAGCGGCGCACAGGCCCAGAAAUGCGGCAGUUGUGAUGAGAACAACACUGCUUCCUCUUACUGUUUCGUCUGCCAGAGCUUUUUAUGCAGUCCUUGUUUUGAAGCUCAUCAACGCUUGAAGGCCACAAGAGGUCAUCGUAAUGUUGUGAUAGAGAAAUUGCAAGUGCAAGAUGUUCAAGAGUUGAUCCACAGAACAGUCAUGUGUUCACAGCAAUAUCACGAAAACCAACCGCUUGAAUUUUAUUGCGAAGAAUGCAAAGUUCCCAUAUGCCACAAGUGCAGUGUAGUUAGCCAUAAUCGGCACACUAUGACAGACAGUGAGAAAGUCGCACAAGUACAAAAGAUGCAAAUGAUAGACGCUUUGGAGAAAGUGGAAGCAGAAACCGUUGUUUACGAGAACGAAAUAAGGAAACAAACCGAGUUGAUGGAUGACGACAGAAACGAAAUUCUGUCCUGCGAAAAGAAGAUGACAGAUUUAGUGGAAGAACUGAUUCGCGAUUUGCGGGAAUAUGAGAAGGACAUGAAAACCAAAUUCUCUGAAAUUUAUGAAGCGCAACAAAAGCAUCACGCAACACAACUAGAAAACUUUGAGUUGGUUCUGACUCAACUAAAAAGUUGCAUUGAACGAGGUGAUAGUAUCGUACAAAGAAACAUCAGUGCUGAAAUUCUGCAGACAAACCAAGCUAUUAUUGGACGCUGUGAAGAGCUUCUGAAAGCCAAAAAACUUGAAAUUUAUAAACCUUCACACGUACAUUAUAUGGUUGAACAAAAAGUAAAGAUUUUGGAUCGUAUUGUUGUCAGUGACACAGAUCCUUCGCUGUCGUUAGCUGAAGUGGCAAGGCUAAAAGAUGUAAGAGCACAAACGGAAACAAAUUUUACCAUUGUAACCCGAAAUUCAGAUGGGGAACAGUGUUAUCAGAAAGAGGAUGUGAUUAAAGUCAAUAUGUUAAAUCCCGCAGGUGAUCAACUGGCGAGUACACAGUAA